CCAGUUUAAUGUCAUGUAGAACACUCGAAGGAGGCGGUGUAUUUCCUAUCAUAGGAAAUAGUCGACUGUGUCACUGAAUACGGGAUAAACCUUAAUUACCGUGUGAGAAGUGUGAAUCAGACAUUUGGAUAUAGUGUCGUCUGCUGACACUGCCUUGUCGUCUGCUUGUGUCUUCUGCUACACGGAUUGUCGUCUGCUCGCGCCGUCUACCAUGCGUCAAGCGUGUCACCCACCUCAGAAUCCUGGACCCACACCAGCGAUGUUGGCAGGGAUGUAUGGCAACCCACACGGGCCAGGCAUGCCCCACCCACAGUUCCAGUUUGACUGGGUUAACAGCUACACUACGGGGGUGAUGCCCCAAGAAAGCACCAUGGUUAGAAUGCCCUCCAGAAGAUCUGAGCAAAGAAUCCGAAGACCCAUGAAUGCAUUUAUGGUUUGGGCAAAAGUUGAAAGAAAGAAGCUUGCAGAUGAAAACCCCGACAUACACAACGCAGAUCUCAGUAAAAUUCUAGGAAAGAAAUGGAAGGGCCUUCGUGUGGAAGAGAAGCGGCCAUUUGUUGAGGAGGCAGAGCGACUGAGGGUCCAACACAUGCAGGACCACCCAGACUACAAGUACAGACCCCGGAGGCGAAAACAUCCCAAGAGAAUCUGCAAGAGGGCGUCAUCUCUCACGUCAUCCGGCGAUGCUAGACCUGACAGUCUCCCUCCCGUCACGACGUUCGGUCGGGGGUCCACGCCCGGGGGUGGGUCGAACAUGAGAAAACAAAUGACCACACCUCACACCGGGGCUAGCCUCUCAGCCCCCAUCUUGUCCAAUCUCCUCAACACACCCGAAUCAUCACCACCUUCGAGCCCAGACACUUCUAAACCACGAAACUCAUCCAGUCCAGACUUGACAGACGAUCAAACCGGACGGUCGUCUGCGAACAGCAGCCAUUAUGAAAGUGUUUUGACUUCCAGUGGACUUUUGACGCCUGAUCGUUCGCCAAAUGACGCGGGGGAGAGUGUGUUCAAAUUCCCGCCACACAGCGAAGACAGUCGACUGAGCGGGACUCAAGGGUCAUCAUAUUCAGAACUAUUGCGGAAAUUCAGUACAAACGGGAAUAUGUACAUUAGUCGGUUCCGGAACGACUACACCCCAGUCCCCACCAGCACCAACUUGAACUCGUCCUCAGAGAACCUCGUCACCCUCCGUAAGCUAGUGAGUCAGCCCCACACCACCAUGUCUAGCUCCUAUUAUCGUCAGAAGUCGUCUGCACGAAUGCAGCAAACAAGUUUGAAGUCAAACAUGGCCACACCCAGUCCCUACCCCUCCUGCCGGCAACAAGUGGCUCCUUACCCCCAGACAAGCACCCACCUCCCGGAGGGGGACAUUCUCGAGAAGUUCUCUGAAGUCGAGAGACUUGGCGACGUCGAUAGAAGUGAAUUUGACCAGUAUUUAUUCGGCUCGUCUUCCCAGACCAAUCCAAACACAAACAGCUAUUGCCGCGCUGGUGUGACGUAUAAGUACAGUUCAGUCUCUUACGAUCAAGUGGCGAGUUCGCCCGAAUACGACCCCGGUUCAAAUGAGGUCUCGCCAGCGGGAGAACAUAACGAAGACAUGGGCUCCGACUAUGACGUCGCCUAUCAGUACGACUUCGACGGGUCUUGUCUCAUAUCUGCAUUGACAAACUCCCCAUCUUUCUGAUAACUGGGACUUGAUAAUAUGGCGAGAGUGGACAGAGCGUUUGUACAAGGGGAAUUAACCCAUACCACACUUAACUCAAACCUGGACAUUGAUGAAAUGUUUUUACCAAGUUAAAAGGGUUAAUUCUCGUGCAUAUACACGAACAAACUGAUGCUGACUUGUUGCAGCUGAAAGAGUUAAUAGACUUUGUGCCAAAUCCGAAGAGCCGUUGCUACGGCCUAGCCUUUGCGGGGUUAAGGCUCUAAAUCACUGAGCCUCCGGGUUGACGGUUUUGAUAAGGUCAAUUGCGAUGUACCACGUUACAUCAGACGUUAGAGCUUGACUUGGCCAAGCCGGAAUGACUCGUAAGGGGUUAACCCCGCACUCACAUGUGUCUUGAACUGAUAUUGUGGAAUAACAGAUUCAUAUGGUCGGAUUACACAUGCAUGUGGCCACAGACUGUCAACAGUGAUGAUCUCCAUACUGACGCCAUUUUCUGCAUUAUUUAAACUUGCUGGUCUCAAAAUGCGCUUUAUGCCAGAAAUUCUUUUACUCUAUUUUCUAUUUCCUUUGGUCUCAAAUGAAGUUUGAUCUUUAGUCGGUCAUUUAGCAAAGCAUCUCGAUCCUUUUGAACACAAGCUCCAGUACAUGGAUAUGCGGUUGUGUCGAAUUUCGAUAUAACAGGAGUUUCUUCUGAUCAUUGGCUCCACAGCUUCGAUCUGUUAAAGCGGUAGGCAAUCUCAAAUCACUUCAUUAAAUCAAUAGUCCCAUACUAUUUUCCUGUCAAUCGAUACUUGAUUUAACAGUGUCUCAUAGACUCUAUACAAUUGUCUCAUUGAAGUAUUACUCGGAUGCAUGAACACUUUACUCCAUAACCAAGUUUUGUAAAGUUUAAUAAAAUAUUGUUUAUUUUCUAACUAAAA